AUGGCACCAACACGUAUCAUACUCGACACCGAUUUGUCCAUGGGCGCCGGCGCCGAUGUCGACGAUGGAUUCGCCCUUGCCCUGGCGCAUGCCGACCCAGACAUUCAGCUCGAGCUGAUCACCACUGUCAACGGCAAUACUGACGUUGAGAGCGCUACUAUCUUGACUGGUGUCCUCCUCAACCGACUCGGCAUCCAAAACACCCCCCUCGUCCGUGGUUCCGCUACCCCCAUGAUCCAUCCCGAUCAGCAACGGACCCCUGCCCCUCACGUUCUGGCGCAGAAAGAGACUGCGCGUGCUCCUACCCCGGGAUACGCCCCCGUGGCUAUCAUUGAACACAUUCUGGCCAACCCGGGUGAAAUCACCCUUGUCGCCAUCGGGCCUCUCACCAAUGUUGCUCUCGCCCUACUUCUCGAACCUCGGAUCAAGUCAGCUAUCAAGGAGCUUGUCAUCAUGGGUGGCGUCUUCCUCGGAACCAUGUACUCCCGCAACAAACCAGGAGAAUUCAAUGUCUUCUCGGAUCCCGAAGCCGCCCGAACCGUGUUACGCUCCGGCAUUCCUCAGCGAUGGAUCGGCCUCGACUGCACCCUCCGAGUUCGACUGAACAUGGCAGACGCUCAAGAACUCAAAAAGUCCUCGUCAAGUUUCGCCGCCUUCGCUGGAGAUGCCACCAUCACCUACAUAGAUUAUCAAGCUGUCAGGUUUCCGGGGAGGCCCAAGACAGACUCGAUCCCCAUGCACGACCCCCUGGCCGUGGCCGUCGUGUCACAUCCUGAACUGUGCGAGUAUAGGGACAUGGCUGUGUCGGUUAUUACCGGUGAUGGUGAAGCGCGUGGCAUCAUGGUCGCCGACCGACUUGAGACCCCUUCACCUCCAGUCCCGAAUUGCCGAGUUGCGGUCGAUGUCAACAGCGAGGCAUUCCGAUCCCAUUUCUUGACAUUAAUUCAAAAAUUAUAA